GAUAACAUUUCACUUGUAAAUCGUAAGAAAAAGUAGGGCUUUUUAAUGUUUCUAUUUAAGAAAGACUGUUAAGACAAUAGAUUCUCUUUGUUUUUCCAUAUAAAAAGAACUUUGUAUAUGACGUCGACGCAAAUACAUACUAUUAAGCAAGAUAAUAUCGUUUCUGUCUCUCUUAAAGACCUCAACGCUCCAGCUUUGUGCUUGAAGAAAGUGUUGACUUUGUUUUAAGUUUGCUUGGUAUAUAUGGUGUUUUCAAAAAGAAAAGACAAAACCGAGUUUAAUGCUAUUUAGGGAAACUUCCAUAUACUAAACAUGGAUAUAUCUUAACAAAUCCUCACAUGUCACCUAAAAAUUAGUAACUUUUCAGAAGCUUAAAAAGAAAGAGAACCUUCUCUUGUGGGACAAGGAAUCUAUUAAUGUGACUUCCUAAUAUGGAAACCCUCUGUGAGACCUUAGCUUAUAUGGCUUGAGUACAGGGAAAGGUAUUGCUUAAACAACAUUUCACAAACUACACAUUCCUUGCGUCAAACUGCAAUAUCCGUCUAUAUAUAAGUAUGUAUACGUAGCUUCCCAUGGCCGUGCUCUGAUUUACACUAGUUCUCAAGUGAGCAGCGAGAAGAACCUGUGCCCAUGGGACCUGCGGUGGAACUAUGGAAGGAAACAGAGAUGGCCAAAACGAAAACAAAGUACGAGAAACUAUGCGAGAAGAUUGUGUUAUGGGAGGACAAGAAGACGAAAAAGGCCAAGAGAAAGCUUCAUAGAACAGAGAGAGGAGUAGAGAAGACAAAGUUGAAGGCGCUGCAGAGAUAUACCGAAGAUAACGAACGCAUUGGGAUCAUAGUCGCGAGUGCAAGAGCACAUGCAUACGAGAGUCAGAUGAAGGAAGAGCUAAAGGUCAAGCAGAAAGCAAACCUCAUGAGAACAACUGGACGUAGUCCAUCUACAUGCCUCUGAAUCCAACAAAGUUGUAAACCCAAAACAUUCUUUCUUAACAAGCUUAAAUGAAGACACACAAAUUAAUGUGUUUAUUUA